AUGAGCACAGGAAAUCUCAGUGCUGCGCAGCGGAAUGGCGAAGGCAAGAGGCCAUUUCGACAAGCUGCAACCAUCCUCCGCGAAAUGUUGAACGAUCCCGAGAAGAUAGUUGUUUGCCCUGGUGUCUACGAUGGCUUUACGGCCCGCAUUGCUCUCGACAUCGGCUUCGACGCACUCUACAUGACAGGCGCGGGCACGGCUGCUUCUCGAAUAGGCGCACCGGACUUAGGUAUCAUCAACAUGACGGAAAUGGCGGCCAACGCAAGCAUGAUUGCGGGAUUGGACUGGUCUGUCCCAGUGAUCGCCGACGCCGAUACAGGGUUUGGCUCGUCAUUAUCUGCAGCUCGAACUGCGAAAACGUAUAUCGAAGGAAACGUGGCCGCGUUGCACAUCGAGGACCAGGCGUUCAUCAAGCGCUGUGGCCACCUCCGUAAUAAGGAACUAGUGCCCUUGGAUACAUACUUGACUCGGAUCCGCGCCGCGAGCAUGGCUCGAGAAGCAUCUGGCCGAGAUCUUGUCAUCAUCGCACGGACCGACUCCCUCCAAUCUCUUGGGUUCGACGAAGCAAUUCGACGAUUAAAAGCUGCACACGAAGCAGGCGCCGAUGUCGCCUUCUUCGAAGGUCUUGUCUCAAAGGAGCAAGCCCGAGAGGCGGUUAAAGCGCUCGCUCCUAUCCCAUGUCUACUGAACAUCGUUCACGGCGGGGUGACUCCGGUAAUCAGUGCGAAGGAAGCGAAAGAAAUGGGAUUUAAGAUUAUCAUUUGGUCCAUUCUGUCGUUGGCCGAGGUCUAUAACUCGACUCGGCGCGCGAUGAAGGAGCUUCGCGACACCGGGUUGGUGACGGAGAGAGAAGAUAAAGCUGGUGGCAUCUACGAUGUCUUUAGUGUCGUGGGGAUCAACCAGUUCGCCGAGUUUGAUGCUGCCGCCGGAGGAGUAACUCUCAAAGGCGGAUUUUGA